AGACAGACACGUCUACCCAGAGAGCGGCGGGCAUGAGGGGCACGGGCUGUAUGCCCGGCCGUGUAGCGGUGCCCCCAGCAGCUGCAGCCCCCUCCAGUCCCCCGGCUGUCUCCUCCUCUUCCUCCCUCCACUUUCUCUCAUUCAUCGCUCUGCCUCCGCCUCCUCCCUCUCUAUUCAGUCCUGUCCUCCUCCUCUUCGCGAUCAUCCGGCUCAGUGAUCAGGCUGCCAGAUGUUCAUUGGCAGAAACAAAGAAACCAUGAAGACCAAGUAGAAGAAAUUAAAGAAUGCUUCUCCGAAACCGCUUUAUCUUACUGCUGGCCCUGGCUGCCCUUCUGGCCUUUCUAAGUCUCAGCCUUCAGUUCUUCUCCAGAUGGCUACCUGUCAGUAUGCAGCUUAAGAUGCAAGCUCAUGUUCUCCCAGGUUUACCAAUUCGACUCAUACCUGCUGUUCCAGAGCUUGAAGAACCACUUACUGUCAAGAAUCGUAAAAGAAUCAUGCCUGACCUGCUGACCGAGCCUUCUGCACCUGACCCACUGUAUGAGGCCAAUCAGUACUGUAAUACUCCUGGAGUAGCAGAGCGCAGUAUGGAAGGCCACGCGCCUCAUAAUUUUAAACUGGUGUCCGUCCAAGUGAUGAUCCGUCAUGGAGAUAGGUAUCCACUGUAUGCUAUUCCUAGAACAAAGAGACCUGAUAUCGACUGUGUCCUGGAGCCAGACAGGAAACCAUCACAUCCAAACUUGGCAGAUUUUAUUAGUCACAUGACAAAAGGAUCAGAAGCCCAGAUGGAUGGUACUUUAAGCAGCCUGCCACGGUUUCCUAGCCAUUCACUGUGUGAGAUGGGAGAAUUAACCCAAACAGGUGUUGUGCAACAUUUGAAUAAUGGAAAAAUCCUAAGGGAAACUUACUUGAAGAAACACAAACUUCUAUCAAAUGACUGGACCGCAAAGCAGCUUUACAUUGAAUCCACUGGAAAAAGCAGGACACUGCAAAGCGGGCUGGCCUUACUCUACAGCUUCCUACCGGGCUUUGACUGGAAGAAGAUAAAUAUAAGACACCAGUGGAGCAGCAUAUUCUGCUCCAGUCACUGUGACUGUCCUAUGAGGAACCACUACCUUGAAGAAGAGCAGCGUCGUCAGUAUGGCUAUAGGAUUAAAAACACCCAGCUAGAAAAGACCUAUAUUAAUAUGGCCAAAGUGGUUGGGGUUCCCACUCGGCUAUUAAGAGCAUCCAAUCCUAUUGACUCAUUGCUAUGCCAUUUUUGCCACAAUGUCACUUUUCCAUGCACCAAGACUGGCUGUAUAGAAGUUGAGCACUUUAAAGUCAUAAAAGCACACCAGAUUGAGGAUGAGCGGGAGAGACAUGAAAAGCAGCUCUAUUAUAAGUAUGCACUUUUGGCAACUUACCCCUUGUUAAACCAGACUGUCAAUCGAAUGCAACGGAUAUCAGAAGGCAAAAAUACCGAAGUGUUUGCCUUAUACUCUGCCCAUGAUGUGACUCUUUCACCCGUCCUCAGCGCCCUCGGUCUCACAGAGGCUAAAUUUCCUCGAUUUGCUGCCCGCUUAGUAUUUGAACUGUAUCAGAACACAGACAAGCAGAAGGAACACUAUGUCCGAAUUCUAUACAAUGGGGAGGAUAUGACUUUUCAAACCUCUUUUUGUAGAGAACACGUGAGGCACUCAAACCGACCUCUAUGUCCACUAUCAAAAUUUGUCAACUUUGUGAAGAAAGAAAUGUUCUUGGCCCUAAACAGUACCAGUUACUAUGAUGCGUGUCAUCAGAGGUUGUUUUAGAGUGGAAUUUAUGACAUGAAGCCAAUUAAUUCAUUGUCACAUCAACAACAGGAGGCAUUCAUCUUGGUUCAGUAACUGUGCAAAUAAAAGUCAAUGUUAAGGUCCUUUGCGGUUGAUGUUGACAGCACAGACCGCAUCUAAGCUGCCAGCCAAGUAGUAUGUCUGCCAUGCAGAUUUGUACCACAGUCCAGCUAGCUCAUGUGAUUGAUGAAAAGGUGCCAGCCUUCUAUGUAAGGCAUAAGGCAGAGAUUGUAUUGCGUUACGUUAACUGCAGUUUCUUGUUAAUGCCUGACUCUGUCCAAGACCUGAAAUUCUAGAUGUAACAUCAGUUUAUCCAAAAUCCCUAGAAUUUUUCAUAUCACCCUCUCUGAAAGUCAGGAGUUGAGGGCAUGGCCAGUUGUUUACAGGGUCUUUGCCCUUUGCUGCACUUGCCUAUAACACAGAAGGAAAAAAUGCAAUUAGUAGUGAAUUUCUUAAUCUGGCAACAUAAUGGUGGUUCCUUUUGGGCACACCCACACCUCCUAUGUUUUAAGGUGGGGCAGGAGCAUCCAUCGCAAAUGUCCAGUGUAAAUAACAGACCUAUAACAAUAAAUAUCUCAUCUUCUUAGACCCACGUGAGUGUAAAUGGAGAGGGGAGUAAUAUUGCGCCUCUAACUGCAGUUACACCUCUCUUUUUAGGUGUUGAACUGGUGUUAGCCACUUUCACAUCAUUAUUUGUAUGCCAAAACUAGGAGUGGGUCCAAAUCACUGAAGAGGUACAAAACUUACUAUGUUCUAGUUUCUUGUAAAAUACUGACCAAAUUACAGGCAAGUGAAAGUAGCCUUAGACAAAGAAUGUAUUUGUCACCCAUUUGCCUCGUUUAUGUUCUGUGUAAGAGGUAAAGCAAUGUCUGACAGAAAUAAACCAGAAUCUGGCAGCCAUGCCACUUACUAAAUUGUUCCUUUCCAAUUGUCCCUCAGCAGUACACAAAGGGUUAAUCUAUCCAUCUUUGCUACUGGACAGAAGAUUUAGACCAAUAAUGACAAGUAAUUAAUCAAGUAUACCUCCUACUACCUAAAUGCAUGUAUAAAAAAUCCUAGAAACAGAGCAAUACAUAAUUUUUUUUUCUUUUGUCUUAUGGACACUGUUUGGACCUAUUGCUAUAUAUGUACCUGUUAUACUGAGAGGGUCUCAGCUUGGCUGGUCCCCCCCAUACUUGAGACCAGGGGUUCUUAGUCUCUUAGGGGUCUUUAUGUCUCUGGCUGCAGGGAUGUAGGUUUCCAGAGCAGAUGUGCACGAUCACUUCCCAGAGAGUGUCUGUGGAAGCGUUUGGGCCAGCAGCUUUGGUAAGUAUAGUGUAAGGGAAUCCGGCUGUACCCUGAGGAUAUCGGACAGUUGUAGCAAUUCAUCUUACCGUGGCUGCUGUCUACUGUCCUGCUUGACUUCGUGCUCCAUCCAGCUGCGCGAUACUCUUCUCCAGCAGGACUGCAAGCUUCCAGGUUGGGACGUCACUUCCGGUGCCCAGGCUACACAGGUUACUGACGUACUUUCUAAGCCUGGGAAGUUCAAAUGUGGAGUCAGUUUUUCCCACUUUAUAUUAGUAAGGAGUUUUGGGGCUUGUAGUUCCAGCCUCUUCCUGGUGCGCUAUCUCCGGUGUGACUAGCUAUGUACAGGAGCUGAUGCUCUCUUUACAUUACAGUUACAGUAUGGCUAUAGCACUCUCCAUAUCUGACUUAGCUAUAUGAAGGCAUAUCCAGGAGGGUAUGCCUCGGAAAGGAUAUUAUACGUAGUAUUCCUGAUUUUAAGUUGGCAGCAGAUUAGUAGGCGGACUUUCCAGUGAACAUUCAGCACCUGAAUUCUAAGAUUUUAGCGAUGUCUACCGCUGCCAAAAAGGCCUUAUGGCUGAAGGAAUGGUCGAGAGACAUUACUUCCAAAAAUAAUUUGUUCUUUGCUGCUCUUCUGCCUUUUGGCCCUCAAUCAAAUCAAAUCUAGAUUGUCUGAGUAAGGAAAAAAAAAGGAUUUUCCCUUUGUCAGUCUUCAUAAAGACCCAAGUUUCAUGCAGGUAGGAGGAUGCAAGCCAAAGGGAUUUUGACGCCAGCCUUCCCCUCCCUUAAAUCGGGGACAGACUAAUCCAGUUUUGCCUCAGUCUAGUCCCAAAAAUCUACAGACUCCUGUGACUGUAAGAGGCUACACUUUGGAUCUCAGAGAAUUACCUCCAACCAGGUUCUUCCUCAACAGAGGCGGAUCCCACGUUCUUUCUUGGUUUACAAAUUCAUUCAAAAAGCCGCUCUCAAACCGGUCCCUUUCUCUCAGAGAGGUUCUGGAGUGUACUCCAGAGUAUCUGCAGUCCCCAAGAAGGAGGAAACUUGAAGGGUUAGUAAUAGACUUGACAUUUCUAAACUCCUACAUUCUAAAAUAGUGGUUCAAGACUGAGUCAAUCUGCUCAGUCCUGCAGUCCUGGAAGAAGGGAGACUAUAUGGCCACCGUCUACCUUAAAGGGCUACUUUGGUGGAAAGCUUUUUAUUUUAUUUUAUUUUUUUAUCAAUUGGUGCCACAAAGUUUAACAGAUUUGUAAAUGGAUUCUAUAAAAAAAAAAAUCUUAAUCCUUCCAGUACUUAUUGGCAGCUGCAUACUACAGAGGAAAUUAUUUUCUUUUUGGAUUUCUUUUGUCCCGACCACAGUGCUCUCUGCUGACACCUCUGUCCAUUUUAGGAACUGUCCAGAGCAGCAUAUGUAUGCUAUGGGGAUUUUUUCCUGCUCUGGGAAGUUCCUGACAUGGACAGAGGUGUCAGCAGAGAGCACUGCGGUCGUGACAGAAAAUAAAUUCAAAAAGAAAAGGAGCUUAUAAGUACUGGAAGGAUUAAGAUUUUUUUAAUAGAAGUAAUUUACAAAUGUGUUUAACUUUCUGGCAUCAGUUGAUUUAAAAAAAAUAAAAGUUUUCCACCAGAGUACCCCUUUAAGGACGCCUAUGUGCACCUCCACACCUGGCCAUUCAGACUACAUAGCACACUACCAAUUCACAUGCCUUCCCUUUGGGCUGUCCUCAGCCCUCCUAUCUUUACAGAGGUAACGGUAGUGUUGGUGAAUCAUCUGAGACUUCAGGGAUAUGUCUCAUUCCCUACCUGCGUAACUGGCUUAUCCUAGCACAUUCCAGGGACUCCAAAACAAAAACACAGGGACUAACUACUCAGGAAUCUACACCUCACAAUAACAGUCCUGGAGAACCAUGUAUUUCUCCUCAAUUUCCAGUCUUGCCUCACCUCCAUGACCAUUUGUCGGCGGUUUCUAUAAUUUCUGAUAAACUCGAGAUCCAUGAGGCUAUUCCUGCCAAAAGACUGCGUGCUCAAGCUGACAUCGGAGUUUGUCCAGUUGACCAGUUGUGCAGAGGUAACUGUUUGGGCAGAGAUGAGCAUUUUGGGCUUACUGAGAUCAUCUCUGGAGGCAGUUACCUGGGGAAGAGCGCACGUGAGACCUCUCCAGCUCGAUAUUCUUUCCCAGUGGAGCAGCAUACAUUGGGAUCUGGAUAAGAGUAUAUUGUUAUCCUCAGUGGCGAAGGAAUAUCUAACCUGGUGGUUGUGUCCGGAAAAGGUUGAAUCUGGUAGAUCUGUCAAUCACCCCACAGGUUGUCAUCACCACACAAGGGGUUGCAGAGCACACCUGGAUAGCAGGUGGGUCCAGGGGCAAUGGUCAGAGUCAGAAGCCUUGAAGACAUUCAAUUGGAGGGAACUAAGAGCUGUACAUCUAGCCCUGUAUCAUUUUUGUCUUUUGCUACAAGCUUAUUGGGCUCUGGUCCAAUCAGACAAGCUCCUAUCUGUAUAUUACCUCAACAAACAAGGGGGUGGAUGAAGGAGGCAUGCAGCUUAUUGAUGACCUGGGCGGAACUACACCUGGAUGAUAUUUUAAGCGGUACAUAUCGAAGGGUCGCUAAAUACCCAGGCAGACCGGCUCAGCAGGACAACAAUGCAUCAAGCAGAAUGAAGCCUCCAUCACAAGGUUUUUCGCCAGUUGUAGUUGAGGUUCGGCAAUCCUGAGAUGGAUGUCAUUGCAAACAGGACCAACCGCAAACUUCCCAGGUUCUGCUGUCUAUGGGAAAGACCAACCAGAUCACCUGGACAGUUUGUCAAUUUCCCUCUUAUUCCGAGGAUCCUGGUCAAGCUUAAGGAGGAGAAAGCCGAGGUUUUAGUGAUUCCAGCACGCAUUAAGUCUUUCGAGAGGUUGCUUUUGGGAAUUUCCGCUAUGUCCAGAUCUUCUGCAGAAAACACUUUGCCUUCCAGAGAGGCUGAGGUUGACUGGCUUCUGAGAGGUUAACGUUUAGGUCGCAGGGCAUGUCAUAUGGUCUUAUUGAUCUACUAUUAGCUUCUCGGAAACCUACUGUGAAAGUCAUUGCACUCAUAACAAAGAAAUUAAUUUCCUGUUGCAAUGAACAUCAAGUGAAGUCUGUAUCUCUUCUGCAUGUGUUAGAGUUUCUGCAUCAAGACUUUGAUCUGGUGUCUGAAGCCCAAUACUCACAAGAAUAGUUUUUAGACAUCAAUGGUCAUUUUCAAGGGAAGUUCUCCAAUUUACUGCUGGUUAACAAAUUUUUUAAAGCUGUGCCUAAUCUGCGCAUACAUAAAAUCUGGUUCCUCCUUGGGAUCUUCUGACAGUCCUGGAUGCCCUCACAGGCCCUUCCUUUAAGCCUCUGGACCAAGCUAAUAUGAAAUAAUUGUCUUGGAACGUGUUGUUUCUUGUGGCAGUAACGUCAGCAAAAAGAGUGGCUGAAAUUCAAGCGCUUUCAAGUCGUCCUCCAUUUCGAAGGGUUCAAUAGGACUGUUAAGUUUUACAUUUGAAUCCUGCUUUCAACUCUAAAGUCAUGUCUUCUUCUAACAUCAAUCAAGUGUUUCUUCUGGAUAUUUGUACUAACCCUCAGGAUGAAAUUCAAACCAGACUUUAUACUUUGGACGUCAAGCAGGCAGUGUUACUCUACCUCAAUAGAACUGAGGAAUUUAGAUAACCUGAAUUCCUCUUCAUUCAAUGCUUCGGUCUCAAUAAAGGGAGACCUGUCUCUCUAAAGCAACGCUUGCUCGAUGGAUUAGGGCACUAUUAGUUGUUGCUAUUCCAUUGUAGGCCAAAAAACUCAGCUGGGAAUCCAAGCUCACCAAACCAGAGCUAUGUCCACUUAAAGGGGUACUUUGGUGGAAAACUUUUUUUUUUUUUUAUAUCAACUGGUGCCAGAAAGUUAAACAGAUUUGUAAAUUACCACUAUUAAAAAAUCUUAAAGGGGUAUUCCGGGAUUUUUUUUUUUAUUUGACUAUGCUACAAGGGCUGUAAAGUUAGUGUAGUUCAUAAUAUAGUGUCUGUACCUGUGUGUGACGAUUUUCUCACAAUUCUUCUGUGAUUUUCACCCCACUAUUUAUUUUAUCAGUAUACAAAAUGACUGUUGUCUCAGAUUUUUCCCAGCUUGCAAUGCGGCGGAGACCUGAUGGAAGGGAGCCUGUCUGCAUCAAUGGGUGGAGGGAUCAAUCUGCAACUAAUGCAACAGCUGAAGGCACCCUGAUUGAAAACCACAGGUCUGCAGCUCAUUUAUGUUUCAAUGGGUGGGGUGGCUGAUGUGUGGGAAGGAGGAAAAUAGAAUUGUGGGAUUUGUAGUCAAAAAAAGAAAAAUCAAACAGGAAAUACCAGUUGACAAAAAGCUAGCCACAGUGUUAUAGUAAUCUCACAACAUAGCCAUUUAGACCCAAGACAAGUGCAGAUCCUUCCUAAGCAUGUCCAUUACUGUCUGCCAGGUACGUACUAAAAUCACCUUAUGGUGGAUAACCCCUUUAAUCCUUAAGUUAAACACAUUUGUAAAUUAAAAAAUAUUAAUCCUUCCAGUACUUAUUAGCUGCUGAAUACCAAACUAGAAUUGGUCAUUCCAAACUAGAAUUGGUGGCGCAAAAAAUAAGCCCUCAUAUGGAUUUUUAGGUGCAAAAUUGAAAGGGUUAUGAUUUUUAAAAGGUAAGGAGGAAAAAACGAAAGUGUAAAAACAGAAAAAUGCUUGGUCCUUAAGGGGUUAAUCCUUCCAGUACUUAUUAGCUGCUGAAUACUACAGAGGAAAUUCUUUUCUUUUUGGAACACAGAGCUCUCUGCUGACAUCAUGACCACAGUGCUCUCUGCUUGCACCUCUGUCCAUUUUAAGUACUGUCCGGAAUAGGAGAAAAUCCCCAUAGAAAUCAUAUGCUGCUCUGGACAGUUCCUAAAAUGGACAGA